AUGGCUGAGUGGCUUAGUGAAAUGGCACAGCGUGGGCUUGGUUUAAAACCAUGUGAAUUUUUAGAUUUUGUGGAAGAUGUUGUAAAACGAGAGAAAAGAAAGACACCUUUUAAGUCAGGUCGGCCUGGUAAGAAAUGGUAUUAUGCAUUUCUAAAUAGAAACAAACAUAUUAUCAGCUCCCGGACAGAGACCGAUUUAGAAAUUAAGAGGUCAAAAGUCACCAAACAGAAAACAGAUGAGUGGUAUAACAGGUUUAAGGACUUCCUUAUUGGUAAAGAGUUGAUGAAUUUGCCUGGCAGAAUCUGGAAUGCAGAUGAAGUGGGAUUUAAUAUUGGAGCCAACAAAAGUAAGGUUAUAGGGCCUGCACGAAGAGAUUUAGCAGUACCUCACAUUACAAGUGGGAAGCAGAGGCUAACUGUUAUGUUUUGUGGUAAUGCUGCAGGACAGAUGUUACCACCCUACUUUGUCUACCCAGAGCCUAAACCAAAGGGGUACAACCCACUGAGUGGUGCAUUGGAGGGAGCUGAUAUUGCUUACACCAAGAAGGGAUGGAUAAAUAACAUAACAUUUGGAAAAUUCAUCGAUCACUUUGACAAGUUCUCCGGACAAGAACGGCCUAUCGUCUUGCUUUUUGACAGUGUGAGUAGUCACAUUGACCCAGACAUAUUUCUAAGCGCAAAGGCAAAAGGCAUCGAUUUAUAUAGAAUUGUGCCAAAUGCUAUCCACUUGAUGCAGCCCUUAGAUAAGGGUGUUUUUGGGCCAAUGAAAACAAAAUGGCAUGGUGUGUGUAGAAAAUACACCCGUGAAAAUCCAGGCAAAACAAUUGAAAAGGAAAAUUUUGCACAGAAACUUACAGAAGCAUACUUACAGUUUUACAAACCUUUAACUGUAAUUAAUGCAUUUAGGGCAUCAGGCAUCUAG